GAAAUAUUUCAUAACAUCCUACAAUAUGAUAAAAAGUUGCAAUAAUCAUUCCCCACUUCCUACAGUGGCUCCCAUUUAUUUACAUUUCACUCCGUGAAGACAGAAUUUGUGAAUCCCAACUUAAGACGUUAUAACCUGCUUUACCAAUCGGCGGUCUUGUUGAACUCAUUGCUAGUCAACACUUUCCUACAUAUAGUUUUCAUUCAUAUAUUACUUCUUAAUUGCAGAGACUCAUUCUUCCUUGGGAUUAUAAAUAAAUAAAUUAAUAAAUCCCUAAACUGUAUAAAUAGGCAUAAGUAUGCAUAUGUGAUAAAAAAACAUUGGUGUAUAGAAUCUGCAUAAAAAAAAGAUGGAUUUGUUGAAUAAUCCCUUACUUUUCCCAGCUCUGAUAGCAGUUUUUGCAGCAUGCCUGAUAAGGAUGGUGUUUGGGAAGAAGGAUAAGAAGAGAUACCAUCCUGUUGGGGGCACUAUUUUUCACCUUAUGCUCAAUUUCAACAAGCUCUAUGACUAUCUUACUGACCUCACUCACAAAAACACCACUUUUCGAAUCCUUUACCUCGACAACGCCGAAAUCUACACUUCGGACCCUGCUAAUGUCGAGUAUUUCCUCAAGACCAACUUCGCGAACUACGGCAAGGGUUCGUUUCACCACGAUGUCUUGGAGGGCCUUCUAGGAGAUGGUAUCUUCACAGUCGAUGGCGAAAAAUGGCGACAGCAAAGAAAAAUGUCCAGCUACGAAUUCUCAACUCGAAACCUCAGAGACUUUAGCAGUGGAGUCUUCAAAACCAAUGCUGCUAAUCUCGCUCACAUAGUUUCUUCAGCUGCGAAUUCGAAUCAGAUCAUAGAAAUCCAGGCGUUGUUCAUGAAAUCGGCACUGGACACGGUUUUCAAAGUCGUUCUAGGUGUCGACCUGGACAGCAUGCGCGGGAAGAACGAGGGUUCCCAUUUUUCGGAGGCUUUUGACAAAGCAAGUGAGAUGACAUGUUAUAGAUAUGUGGACAUAUCGUGGAAGAUCAAGAAGUUUCUCAACAUCGGUUCUGAAGCCACACUCAAGGAAUGCACUAAAAUCAUCGAUGCAUUCGUUUUCAAGGUCAUCGAGAGCAAGAUGGAACAAAUGAGCAAGCCCAACCAAGUCAGAUAUCUUUCUUUUAAAUUAUCUUUUCAUUAUUAUGCUUUUCUUAAUGAAGAAAUCAACAUAACGUGUGUUGUGAAUGAACGGCAGACGAACAGAAGUGAUAUACUGUCGAGGUUUCUGCAAAUGGACCAAAAGGACCCUAAGUACCUGAAAGACAUAAUACUGAGUUUUAUAAUUGCCGGUAAGGAUUCCACUGGAAGUGGGCUCUCGUGGUUUUUCUACUUGAUGUGCAAGCACCCAACCGUGCAAGAAAAGCUUGUCAAGGAAGUUAAGGAGGCAGCAAAGCUGGACGAGAGUUCAAGCAUUGACGAGAUAGCAAUGAGUCUUACAGAGGAAGCACUCGAUAGAAUGCACCUUCUGCACGCAGCUCUUAGUGAGACUCUGAGGCUAUAUCCGUCAAUUCCAGCGGAUGGCAAGAUGUGUUUUGCUGACGAUACAUUCCCUGACGGAUUCAGUGUUAAGAAGGGGAAUUUGGUGUCUUAUGUACCUUACUCUAUGGGAAGGAUGAAAUCUUUGUGGGGUGAAGAUGCAGAGGAGUUUCGGCCUGAGAGGUGGCUCGAUGAGAAUGGUGUGUUCAGGCACGAGAGCUCUUUCAAAUUUACAGCUUUUCAGGCUGGCCCAAGAAUUUGUCUCGGGAAGGAGUUUGCAUACAGACAGAUGAAAGUUCUUGCGGCCGUGCUGCUGAGUGCUUUUUCUUUUAAGUUGGCUGACGAGACAAAACCGGUGAAUUACCGAACCAUGUUGACUCUGCAGAUAGAUGGAGGCCUCCAUCUUCGUGCUGCUUCCAGGAUUAUUAACAAAUCAAAUGAACAAAUAAGUACAGUAGAAUAAGCACAUUAGUCUGCUUUUCCCAUGUAAACUAGUGUGAGCAGUGAUGCUUUGCUUCUUUUUAGAGUGAGCCUUUUCUACUAAGGCAGGCUGAUUGAUUGUUAAUUGUGUGCUUUUGUAUCAAUAUCACAAAGUAUGGAAUAUAAUGUAUGUAGUAAGCAGUGUAAGUGUUUCUAUGUCAAGAAUGGUGAAUGACUUAUUGUGUGUUUUGUUGCAAUUUUUGUUUCUAUGUCAAGAAUGAAGAAUAAAGUAAUGUGUGUUUUGUUUUAAGUUUUGUGAAAAAGGGAAAACUAUUGGGUACUAUUGUUACAAAACUGAACUAAAACUUGAAAUGAAAUUGCAACUGAUAGGGG